AUGUCCUCCAGAAUCACUCGCUCAGCCGCGAGAGUAGCUGCAGACUCUAACCCGUCUACCGGCACUGGUCCCUCCCCUGCGAACGCGGCCGCUGGUACGGCUCCCACCCGGAAGCGAAAGGCCCCCGCACGACGUGAUCGAUCGGUAGACGCCCCGGAACAGUCGAAUCCUUCGUCUCCGCCCCGAAAGGCUAAACGACAGCGACGCGCAGCUUCUCCUCGAGCGGCGGCGCCUCCUGCUACCACUCGUCGUGGUACCCGUAAUCGCUCAGCUAUGUCCCAACCCGGUCCAUCAUCACACCCUACCGAGGAUUCAUCAAGGAGCCAGGCCUCCCCUCCGGCGUCUAGGCGGAAAUCUAGCAGGAGUGGGAAGGUGUCCCAAGAUAAUGCCUCGGCAGCACAGUCUUCGCCUCGUCGGCAAAAGAAGCGCCCUUCCAGAACCAGUCCCGAUGUGAUCAUGAAGGAGGCGGAAGAGGAGUUGGAGGAACAGGAACCGGAACCAAGCGAAGAACGGGAUUCUUCUCCUCCGAGUGAAAGCCACGAGGGUACCAACCCUUCAGGCCUCGAAGAUGAUGACGACGAGGAUGACGGGGACCUUUUCCACAACAGUCUGUUCGGGUCGCGGAGUCCCUUGGGACUUCAAAGCACCCUCCGUGCUCUGAGCGGCAUGAUGUCGGGCAUGUCUUCGCGUUUGCGAGAUAUUCUGUGCAAUCUGAGAAUGAAGGAUGACCCGUCCAUCCAGCUGAUUGCUCUGCAGGAGCUCUCUGAUCUACUACUUGUAUCAAAUGAGGAUAAUCUUUCCGGCCAAUUCUCCCCAGAUCCGUAUGUAAAGGAGUUGGUCGCCUUGAUGCAGCCAAGCGAUUUUGGUGAAGAAAACCCCGAGAUCAUGCUUCUUGCGUGCCGCUGUUUGGCCAACUUGAUGGAGGCCCUGCGAGGCUCCGUGGCCAAUGUGGUUUACGGAGGGGCUGUUCCAGUCCUGUGCCAGAAGCUUCUGGACAUCCAGUUCAUUGACCUGGCUGAGCAAGCUCUCAGCACUUUGGCGAAAAUAUCGGUGGACUUCCCGGCAUCUAUCGUGCGUGAGGGCGGCUUGACGGCCUGCUUGACUUAUCUUGAUUUCUUUCCGACUAGCACGCAGCGUACGGCGGUGACUACGGCUGCUAACUGUUGCCGCAACCUACCCCAUGACUCUUUCCCGGUCGUUAGGGACGUUAUGCCGACUUUGCUCAACGUUCUCGCGAGCAAUGAUCCAAAGGUUGUCGAACAAGGUUGUCUGUGUGUUUCCCGGAUCGUCGAGAGCUUCAAGCACAAGCCGGAGAGGCUCGAAGAGCUGAUCGAGCCUGCAAUGCUCAAGGCAGUGCUUCGACUGCUCUUGCCCGGCACCACCAAUCUGAUCGGCCCGCACAUUCAUACGCAGUUUCUCCGUGUAUUGGCCAUCACAUCCAAAGCCAGUCCGAGACUCUCCGUAGAAUUGCUCAAGAUGGAUGUGGUAGAUACGCUCUAUCAGAUUCUGACGGGUGUUUCGCCGCCGGCAAAUCUUGAUGACACAGCCGUCAAGAUGGAUAGUGUCCUCGUCAUGCAGGCGUUGAUUCAUCGCCCCCGGGAGCAGGUCUUCGAAACGCUCAAUGUUAUCUGUGAGUUACUACCGGGUGCCUCUAGCCGGCAUCUUCCCCAAGCGGACGGCUUGCCUGGCUUCCCUGCUGAGGGCGAUGCUGCACGCGAGCCAACAUCACCCAAGGCGAAGGAAUCUGCCGAAAAGCGACGCUCCUUACUCCUGGGCUGCAAGGUGGAGCUGAAGCGCUUCGCGAUGAUUUUGCUGCCGACCUUGACCGACGCCUAUUCUAGCACGGUGAAUCUCGAAGUGCGCCAAAAGGUGUUGACCGCCCAGCUCAAGAUGCUGCACAACUUGGAUGCUAGCCUAGUCGAGGAUGCAUUGCGGACCGUUCCAUAUGCCUCGUUCCUGGCGGCCAUCCUCUCUCAAAAGGACCAUCCGUCUCUGGUGUCUUCUGCACUACGCUGCGCAGAGAUUUUAUUCCAGCGCCUGGAACAUGUUUACCGGCAUCAAUUCCAUCGGGAAGGUGUCAUCUCGGAGAUUUUCAAGCUUGCAGAGGGGCCGCUGUCCACUGAAAAGCAAGGGAAGCCAACGGCUGAUUCCUCACCUGGUCCGGAUGCUUCUGCAGAAGCGAAGCCAGGCGGUAGCGCAGUAGACGAUGCCGGCGACGAGGGCGAGGGGGGAGAUGGCUAUGACGAGCAGGAUGAGGAUGACAACGAUGAUAUGUCUGAGUCAGGAAGCUCCUCCUUUUCCGGUCACGUCCUUUCCACCAGAAUCGAGAACGCUAUGCGGGAUAUCGUUACCCGCGAUGCCCGGGGCUUUGUGGACCUCUAUGAGUCGAGCCAGGGCAGAGACAUGCGGGACAAGGCAUUGGAAACGUUAAACGAACUGAAAGAUAUUGCAGCGCACAUCGAUGCGUUCUAUGCAGGCGAUGGUGAAGAAGAUGGCCUUUCACUUUUCAAAAAGCUUGCAGCGUAUUUCGAUGGGGACGCAUUGGAGAGUAUCACCAGCUCCGAACUUCUUAACUCCGGUAUCAUCAAGGUGCUGCUCGAUGUAUUUGGAGACUUCCAAGCUACAUCCAUGCGCGAGGCUCGUGCUGCUUUCUUGCAGGCGUUCAUGGGAUCGACCAUCUCUGAAAAGGCCCAAAGUCAAAGUACAGCCACGACACCGUUCAGUGUUUUGAUUCACAAGCUGCAGGAUCUGCUCAGCAGGACUGAGCAUUUUGAGGUUUCCGCCGUGAGUCAUAACUCGUUGGAGAAUACAAGAAGCAAUGCCGCGUAUAUGCUGGGGAAACAACUCCGGUUGAAGCUGGUGGCAGAUGAAGAUUCAGAUAUUCCUCGCACCUACCGGAACAUCAUGGUUUCGAUCCAUGCUAUCGCAACUUUCAAAGCCCUGGAUGAUUUCCUCCACCCUAGAAUUAGUCUGUCAGACCGGCCGAGACCAUCUCGCACCCGGGACACGAUCCUGUCUCAAAUUGCUAAUGCAGCACGUCUCCGGGAUCAGCUGGCCGGCGGCGAGUUCCCUGGCAGCGAUGCUUCCCAGCCUCGAUCGUCGACCACUUCGGGGAGACCACCCCGUCCAGGGGAGACUCGUCCGGGUGGUAACGAGUCACCAGCUGAGGGACAUGAUCACGGCUCCAGGUCCAGACGAUCUAGCCGGCAACAAGGCGCAGGUGGACAUGAACACGAAACUGAGCCCCUCGAAUGCGCCGAUGAACGGCAAAUGAGUGAUGAUGAAGAUCCGGAGGACGAUGGCGAGGACGAGGAAUUGAACGCCAUUGUCGAUGACUUGGAAGAUGAUCUCUCUGACGAUAAUGUCCAUGAUCCGACGGCAGUCAACAUGGAGGUGGCAUCUUCGGGCAAGGUCACUGCCCGGAAAGAAGACGGUACACGUGUGGCUACUCCCUCGCAGUCGACGUCAACAUCCAAAUCGUCCGCUUCUGCUUCCGGUUCCACAUCAAACCCACCGGGGGGUAAUUCGCUGGCAAUGGCUGGUCGCCCAUUCUCUUCCUACGCGGCCGCUAUGGCCUCAAUUCCGUCCGACUGGCAUAUUGAGUUCAGCGUGGAUAACGAGCCGGUCUCGAACGAGACGACCAUUUAUCGUGCCGUUCACCAUAACCGUCAACAUACGGACCCCAGCGCCAGGAAUGUUUGGUCGUCUAUCCAUACAGUCAAGUUCAGACGAGUCCCUGGACCGCCACCUCCGGAACCUUCCACGCUCACGCAGGGCACAUCCGGAUCUGCCGAGAAAAACGACAGCAAUGAGAUGCCAGCGUCGCUCAGUCAGGAUACAACGACCGCCUCAAUCCUGCGGUUGCUCCGCGUUCUGCAUGAGAUGAAUUCUACUCUCGAUGAUAUUUUGGCUGAGGCCAAAGAGCUGGUUGCCCUGAAACCUGAGCCUUUGGCCCAGUUUAUCAACACCAAACUUACCGCUAAGCUAAACAGACAGCUAGAAGAGCCAUUAAUUGUGGCCAGCAGCUGCCUUCCUAGCUGGAGCGAAGAUCUCGCCCGACUCUUCCCUUUCCUCUUCCCGUUCGAGACGCGCCACCUGUUCCUCCAGUCAACUUCGUUUGGUUACUCGCGCGCGAUGAUGAGAUGGCACAACUCGCAGAACGGAGAUGACAGCCGCAAUGAUUCCCGGCGUGACGAUCGGCCUAUUCUCGGACGCCUUCAGCGACAGAAGGUGCGAAUCUCCAGAAGCCGCAUUCUCGAUUCGGCUAUGAAGGUGAUGGAGUUGUAUGGCUCCUCGCCUAGCGUGUUGGAGGUUGAGUACUUCGAAGAAGUCGGCACAGGCUUGGGUCCCACACUGGAGUUCUACUCGACAGUGUCCAAAGAGUUUUCCAAAAAGAAACUCAAGAUCUGGCGAGAAAACGAUUGCAUCAAUGGCGACGAGUAUGCCUUUGGCAAGCGUGGUCUAUUCCCUGCUCCUAUCAGUGAAGAGCAAGCUGCAUCGGAAUCCGGAAAGAAACACCUACAGCUAUUCAAGAUCCUGGGCAAGUUUGUUGCUCGGUCGAUGCUCGACUCUCGGAUUAUCGACAUCUCCUUCAACCCGGCAUUCUUCCGCAUUGCCGACAGCUCGUCGUUUGUUACCCCCUCGCUAGGUACUGUGAAAGCGGUGGAUCAAGAUUUGGCCAAUUCACUGCUUCUAUUGAAGGCAUUUGCCAAUGCAAAGAAGGCGGUGGACGACAACCAGAUGCUGUCAAAGGCCCAGAAGAGCCAAGCCGUGCAGCAUAUCGAAGUGGGCGGGGUCACGGUCGAGGACUUGAGCCUGGACUUUACCUUGCCUGGCUACCCAGCCAUCGAGUUGAUCAAGAAUGGGUCCAACAUCCCGGUCACGAUCGAGAAUGUUGAUUUGUAUGUCGAUCGGGUCGUCGACAUGACUUUGGGCAGUGGCGUCCAGCGGCAGGUAGAGGCUUUCCGAGCCGGGUUCUCGCAGGUGUUCCCCUACUCCGCGCUGCGGACAUUCACUCCCAACGAGCUUGUUAUGCUGUUUGGCAGGGCUGAGGAGGAUUGGACUAUUGAAACUCUGAUGGAUUCAAUCAAGGCCGACCACGGGUUCAACAUGGACAGCCGCAGUGUGCGCAAUUUGCUGCAGACGAUGAGUGAAUUGAGUGCACCACAACGACGAGACUUUUUGCAGUUUGUCACUGGCAGUCCAAAACUCCCGAUCGGCGGUUUCAAGAGUCUCACACCCAUAUUCACUGUUGUCUGCCGUCCUAGUGAGCCUCCAUAUACGCCUGAUGAUUACCUUCCUAGUGUCAUGACCUGCGUCAACUACUUGAAGCUUCCGGACUACAGCAGCCUGGAUGUACUGCGCGAGCGGCUAUCGGUUGCCAUCAAGGAAGGCCAGGGGGCGUUCCACCUGUCAUGA